GUCUUUCUCUUCUUAUAUUUCAAGCUUUAUACUAUCACUACUACCACUACUACAGCCAGUACUAUGCUUGUGUCUACUUUAAAGCAGUCGAGAAUCUUUGAACUUCCUUUUGAGAUAAUUGUCCUGAUUGUGUCCACCUUCAGCGAAUAUGACAUGAAGAACUUUAGCAUGACCUGUCAUAAUUUUAGACAGUUGAGCUUUGAUCAAGAACUAUGGAAAGCAAUGUACGAGACUCGGUUUACGACUGAUAAAGAUACCGUUAUUAAAUACAGCGCCAACUCAUUAUGGAAGCAGAAUUAUCUCAAAAAAGCUACUCUAAGGCUUUCUGCUGUGGAUGAUAUGGAGAUAUCACACAUGAAUACAGAAUAUUGGGAGACUGAGGAGACUGAGUCUAGCAUUUAUGGUCAUGUAGCCAAAUUGAAUUUAGUGUGUUGGUUCAAGAUGAUUGGAAACUUAGAAUCUGUUCCUCCUGGAGAAUACAAAGUUCAAUGGAGAAUGCGUGUUGUUAGCAAUAGUGGGUGGACAGAUUCCUUUAAGUUCAGGGUUUCGUUAAAGGAAAUUUACGAUAAUGAUCCAAUAACUGAUGAUACACACUGUAUGCCAUUUGAAUUUUAUGAGAACCCAACAAUAGUUGGCUGUGGUUGGAUAGUUAUUACCCUUCCUGGAAGAUUUGUUAUAAAUAAGAAACUUGGGUUUUCAAAAGUUUAUUUUAGUCAUGAUGAUAUAACGUCACCAUGGAAGUAUGAUUUGCAGGAAUUCGACUGGGUACGGCUUAUCCCCAUAUCGCCUACAGCUAAAUAUGAUGACUCUAAACUAUACGUCAAAAUAGACAAUUACAACCGCAUGGUUUUCGUAAAAGAUGACUCAAUUCUAGGAAAUAUCUACAAAUUUCAAGAUUAA